AUGCCACUAACAUGGCCGAUGCGCACUGUGCACCUUUCAUCCUUCUCCACAUGCUCUCCGCCGCUCGACCAAGCUGCCAUGUACCUACAUAGUGAGAUCAUCCCUACUCGCUCUCCAACCUCGCCGGCCUCAAAUCCUCCACCUGCUCCCGUGGCACAAGAUGGAACACUCCAGAUAAUGUCCCCCGCUGCCUAUCUCCACCACCACCAUAAACCACGUUCCUUACCCGCUUCACUACAUCUAAACGUCUUGGAUCCCAUACCACCGUCUGUCUCAAGUGGGUCUGUGCCUUCCGUCAGCUCUUGCAACAGCCAUAGUCCCUGGCCGCAUCCUCGUCAGUCACCACACAGAGGCAGAGCCCUUUCAUCAGCCCUCUUCCCGAGCUACAGCGGUCCGUGA